AUUAUUUUUAGGAGCUUCCGACUCUUCACGAACAUGCAUCGAAGAAUAGCCGAAGGGGCUCAGAAAAACAUGGCGGACGAGUUUUGAUCGCAUGGAAAUGCCUCUCAUCAGGGAAGGACUUUCAAUUGGAACACGGAAUGAUGCAAGCAAUUUAGUAAGCGUCAAAUUGCCAGAUGACACUUUAAGAAUCCUUACUGUGGACAGUGAACCUCUCAAAAUCGAGAAAGAUGGAGUUUCAAUAAGGCAUAUCACUUGCUUAGAUGAACCCGAAGCAGAUCUUCUAAGUUUCUUUGACGAAUGUUCUGACUUCAUCACAGCAGGCUUACAAAACAAGCAAAAUGUGAUCGUUCACUGCCUUGAAGGUGUGUCACGUAGUGCUACUGUUGUGUUAGCCCAUCUGAUGAAGUCAGACCAGUUGUCAGUGGAUGAGGCCAUUGCUUUUAUGAAGAAAAUUCAUCCCAAAGCCAAUCCCAAUGUUGGCUUUCUUGAGCAACUUCAACUUUACGAAGCAAUGGGAAAUACAGUUGAUAAAACUCAUCCUGUUUACAAACAGUACCGUCUGCAACUGUUGGCCAGUCAUAUACAGAGUAAGCAGUCAGUGACAAAAGAUCUUCUCUCUUCUCUGAUUGAGGAACUAAAAGACAACACUGCCUCAAAUGAUAAGAAGUAUAAAUGUAGAAAAUGUAG